CUCCCGCCAUCACCACAGCGGUCGCCGCCCCUCACCGCAGCCCCAGGCCGCGCCCGGACUGCGGCCGCUCCGACCCCGCCUGCGGCCCAGGUUUUACCAAGGGACAGUACAUCUAACACUUAACUUGGAUCAUCAGCUUCAAAAUCAUAACAGCCCCCAAAACUGACAUCUGAUCUGAAAGAAAAAGCUGUGACAAAUGGACAAUAUGUCUAUUACUAACACACCAACAAGUAAUGAUGCUUGUCUGAGCAUUGUUCACAGCUUGAUGUGCCAUCGACAAGGUGGAGAGAGUGAAACUUUUGCAAAACGCGCAAUUGAAAGUUUAGUUAAAAAGCUAAAGGAGAAAAAAGAUGAAUUGGAUUCUUUGAUUACAGCUAUAACCACAAAUGGAGCUCAUCCUAGCAAGUGUGUUACAAUACAGAGAACGCUGGAUGGGAGGCUUCAGGUGGCUGGUCGCAAGGGAUUCCCUCAUGUGAUUUAUGCUCGUCUUUGGAGGUGGCCUGAUCUUCAUAAAAAUGAACUCAAGCAUGUUAAAUAUUGUCAGUAUGCUUUUGACUUAAAAUGUGACAGUGUGUGUGUAAAUCCUUACCAUUAUGAGCGUGUAGUAUCGCCUGGCAUUGAUCUCUCAGGACUGACACUACAGAGUUCUGCUCCAUCAAGCAUGCUGGUGAAAGACGAAUACGUUCCUGACUACGAGGGGCAGCCAUCACUGUCUUCGGCAGAAGGCCAUUCAGUCCAGACCAUCCAGCAUCCACCAAGUAACAGGGCAUCUAGCGAGCCUUAUAGCACCCCAGCCAUGUUAGCUCCUACUGAAGCUAGCACUACCAGCACCACUAAUUUUCCCAACAUUCCUGUGGCUUCAACAAGUCAACCUACCAGUAUAUUGACAGGUAGCCAUAGUGAUGGACUCUUACAGAUUGCUUCAGGGCCUCAGCCAGGAACUCAGCAGAAUGGGUUUACAGCUCAGCCAGCUACUUACCAUCACAACAGUACUACAACUUGGACUGGAAGUCGGACGGCAGCCUACACACCUACCAUACCUCACCACCAGAAUGGCCAUCUUCAGCAUCAUCCACCUAUGCAUCCUGGACAUUACUUGCUGAACCAGAUCAUCUGUUUGCAGCAGUAUUUGUUAUUGGAGGGGAGAAUACAUGGGCCAGUUCACAAUGAACUUGCAUUUCAGCCUCCUAUAUCAAAUCAUCCUGCUCCAGAAUAUUGGUGUUCAAUCGCUUAUUUUGAAAUGGACGUGCAAGUUGGGGAAACAUUUAAGGUCCCUUCAAGCUGUCCGAUUGUCACUGUUGAUGGAUAUGUGGAUCCUUCUGGAGGAGAUCGCUUUUGCCUGGGGCAGCUUUCCAAUGUGCAUAGAACAGAAGCCAUUGAGAGAGCAAGGUUGCACAUAGGUAAGGGAGUGCAGCUGGAGUGCAAAGGCGAAGGUGACGUGUGGGUUAGAUGCCUCAGUGACCACGCGGUCUUUGUCCAGAGUUACUACCUGGAUAGAGAAGCAGGGCGUGCUCCAGGCGAUGCUGUCCACAAGAUUUACCCAAGUGCAUAUAUAAAGGUGUUUGACUUGCGCCAGUGCCAUCGUCAGAUGCAGCAGCAGGCUGCCACUGCCCAAGCUGCUGCUGCUGCUCAAGCUGCAGCAGUAGCAGGAAACAUCCCUGGACCAGGUUCAGUAGGUGGAAUAGCCCCAGCCAUUAGUUUGUCAGCUGCUGCUGGAAUUGGUGUAGAUGAUCUUCGCCGCUUAUGCAUACUCAGGAUGAGUUUUGUGAAAGGUUGGGGACCUGAUUACCCAAGGCAGAGCAUCAAAGAGACACCGUGCUGGAUUGAAAUUCACUUACACCGUGCGCUCCAGCUUCUAGAUGAAGUACUUCAUACCAUGCCUAUUGCAGACCCACAACCUUUAGACUGAGAUCCUUGUGCUGCACUGCUGUGGGCCAUUAUAUUGUGAGGAUGGUGGAUUGUAAAAUACAAUUCUGUUUAUAACCUGAAGAUAUAUUUUACUUUCGUUCUGCUCAAUCUUCUUAAACCAGGUUUUAAAAAUGCGUUUGCCGCCUUGCUCUUAGCAGAAAGAAACCGAACAUGCAGAAUUUGAAUUUCAGUUAUUUUCAGAACUUUAAUGUUGUAAUACAGGGCUUAAAGUGAAAGGUAAAUGCCUUAUAGAGACUUUACAGUGUUGGGUUUGUUCCCUGCAAAAAUUUUCCUUCUCUAUUGUGGCAUCUUGGUGACAAGCCUCACAGGAGCCUUUUGUAUGCAGAAUAUAUAUUAUAUAUAUAUUUAUAUCUGAAAAUUCCUUCUAGUAGUUACAAGCAUUUACCUUAUAGCAGCUUUACAAUUCAGACUGAUUUGUGAUGUUCUUUUUAGGGAACAAUGGUUAACAGAAGACUUCUUUAUUUUGUUGACUAUCUUCUUAUGAUUUUUCCAGAUUAAAACAUAGAAGCUGCCAAAAAUUGAGGGAAGAGACAUACGUUGUUGGCAUUGAUCUGAAAUAGCAAGGAAAAGAAACGUGGCUUUUCCUUCACUAGUUUUUAAAAAAGAUAUCUUUAGAUUUUUAUUUAUAUAGACACAUGAAUUUUAAAACACUAAAGGAAAUGGAUACUUUCAGUGCUGGCACUCGGAUCUAGCAUGAAAUGCCCAGUCUGCCACUGAAGUUGCCACUGAAAUUGCAUAUCAAGUACCUAAUGGCAGGAACAUAUUUUCAUAGUUACUACUGACUUCUAUGAUUUUACUCAAGUAAAACCUGGCAGGUAUUUUAAAAAGUUGCAUGACUCUUUUUACUUGCAUAUACCAUUAAAUCAUGUAUGAUAAUAAUACAUCAAUAUUUACGAUUUGAUUUUUUGUAUCUGUUCACCAUUUCCACUCAGGGCAAGAUGGCAAACUUGUUUUUAUACCUCUUGGUUAUUUUAAGCCCUAUGCCAUCGAUGACCGUAUCAAUUGGCAGUGACUUUGUAUAGAGAAUUUACAGUAGAAAAAAACCUGCAAAUGUAUUGACUGUAUGACAGAUACAAUAUGUAUGCUUUCUCUCUAGCUAAUAGUAUAAAUAAAAUUAUGAAAACCCUGAUUUUUAUAAAUUUAA